AAAAGGAUUAAGGGCAUAAUUAUCUGGAACGAGUGGCGGCUGUCUUUGUCAGGAAAAAGACAAGAGAAAGAACACACAUUCUUAGUUAUAUGACGACACUAUUAAUUAUCCUCUCGCUUUCGUAACAGUCCCGCCCUUUUCUCUUUUUGUAUAAAGAAGAGGAGCAAACGGAAAGUCAGUCAACAGAGCAUUUAUAAGGAUUUCUUUUUUUUUUCUCCCUCGCUCUACGUUAGGAUCAUCAGAAAUGAGCGGAAGAUGGCUGUGUUGGACGAUGGUGUUGUGCUCUGCCGUGGACGGCGGCGGAGCUUCCUCAGACGGCGGCGGAAAGGAAAGAGAGCUGUUUCAGAUUCCGACAUGGGCAGUUGCUGUCGUCUGUACCAUUUUCAUCUUCAUCUCACUUCUUCUCGAAAAGGGUCUAGACAGAGUCACCUCGUGGUUGUGGGAAAAGCACAAGAGCUCUCUGCUUGAAGCCCUGGACAAGAUUAAAGCCGAGCUGAUGAUUCUGGGAUUCAUUUCCUUGUUGCUCACGUUCGGAGAGGCCUACAUUCUGAAGAUCUGCAUUCCUGAAAAGGCUGCGGUCACUAUGUUACCUUGUCCGGCUCCUGACAUGACCCAUCGCAGACAUCUUGCUGCCGACAACACCUCUUAUCAGUGCAAGAAGGGUCAUGAACCACUCAUGUCUGUCAAGGGUCUGCAUCAGCUCCACAUUUUGUUGUUUUUCUUGGCGGUCUUCCAUGUCCUUUACAGUUUCAUCACCAUGAUGCUCGGCAGGCUAAAGAUCCGUGGCUGGAAGAAAUGGGAGAAGGAGACAUUAUCUCAUGAUUACCAAUUUUCUGUCGGUAUUUUCAUCAGACCCUCUUGCCUCAUCCGUUGGUCGACCUGGUCUGGCAUUAUAUUGUCACUUGCUCAUAGUUCAUCUUUACGUGCAGAUCCAUCGAGAUUCAGGCUCACUCACGAGACGUCCUUUGUGAGAGCACAUACCAGUUUCUGGACAAGAGUUCCCUUCUUGUUUUAUCUCGGAUGCUUCUUACGUCAGUUCUUCAGGUCGGUCGGGAGAACCGACUACUUGACUCUACGGCAUGGAUUCAUCGCUACACAUUUAACCCCGGGAAGACAGUUUGAUUUCCAAAAAUAUAUCAAGAGAUCACUGGAGGAUGAUUUCAAGAUAGCGGUCGGAAUAAGUCCAGUUCUGUGGGCAUCGUUUGUGAUUUUCUUGCUGCUGAACGUUAAUGGAUGGAAGACUUUGUUCUGGGCGUCAAUACUUCCAGUGAUCAUAGUUUUGGCGGUUGGGACGAAGCUUCAGGCAAUCCUGACGAAAAUGGCUCUGGAAAUCACGGAGAGACAUGCAGUGGUCGAGGGAAUACCGCUUGUGCAAGGCUCAGACAAAUAUUUUUGGUUCGAAAGUCCUCAGUUGCUUCUUCAUCUCAUCCACUUCGCCUUGUUUCAGAACGCUUUCCAGAUAACGUACUUCUUCUGGAUAUGGUAUUCGUUUGGAUUGAGAUCGUGCUUCCAUAAUGAUUUAAACCUGGCCAUUAUCAAACUCUCCCUUGGCCUAGGCGCCUUGUUUCUUUGCAGCUAUAUCACGCUCCCGCUGUAUGCCCUCGUCACUCAGAUGGGAUCUCACAUGAAGAGAGCCGUGUUUGAUGAGCAAAUGGCAAAGGCAUUGAAGAAGUGGCAAAUGGCUGCCAAGAAAGGGAAAGGCGGAAAGAGGAAGCUCCCGGCCAAGACCGCCUCCGGGGCAACUCUGCACCGAUCCAAGACCAUGGACUGUUACCCGUCCGAUCUCGACACUCAGCCUUUACCAUCACCGGCGUGAGUAGAGAGACGGGAGAGUUGAUGCAACCACUCACCUGUAUCACUUUCUUCUUCAGUAGUGUAAACCUACUAUGAUUUUUUCAGUAAAUAAUGUCUACAAAAGGGCUGUAUAAAAAGUGAAAAUUCAGCCCACAGAGCGUGAAUAUGGUAACAAUCAGCUGUUGCAGGAAUCUAUUUUUCACACGUUUAA